UUGACAGCUUCCAAGAUGCCCCUCCUCCCUAACCCUAACCCUCCCUCCCCCCUAGCUAAUCCUAACCCUGCUCUGCCCCUGCACUGCCGUGCCCUUCUCCUUCUUCAUUCCUCUCGUGAUUCUCGCCACUCGUUCUCUUCCCCAUGCCUGCAAUCUAACGAACGUAUCGCUGCCAUCUCCACCCCCACGUCACUUGCACUGCAACCUGCCCCUUCCCUCGCCUCCCGUUCCUCUGCCUGCCUGCCUCCCAGCAGAUUUCCUCUUCCGCCAUUGCAUGUGCGGUAUCCUAUACGCGUACCGUCCACACCAGCGUCGACUGCUCCGUCUGGAGACACUUUCUUUUCAGGUGAAUGUUGUGGGCGCUCACAUGUUUCAAAUGCUUAUGCAGAUGUAUGAGAUCAUAGUGAAAUGUGCCGAAGCUACUUGUACAAAACGCAGGAUCUUGCAUGUAAUUUGGAAUGGGUACGCCAAUGCAUUAGGAGACGUAGUGACAUGAUGGGCGUUAUGGCAGUGAAUUAUAGGUUCUCUUCUGUGAGCACCUUGGUUACACUUAGGAAUGCAUCAGAUAAGCAUUCCUCUAAAGUCUCUAAAGCUGAAGAGGUAUUGCUAGAAUGAUACAUGUGUUGUGUAGGACAGAAGAUGAUAUGCUUGGUGUAGCAAUGUAGACAAGAGUGUGUAGAAUAGCUAAGAAAGUAAAUCUAAUGUAAAAUUGUGAACGUAUGGGAACAGGUUGAAUAUUGGAUAA